AUGGCGGCCACAGUUGGGCCAGACAGGAUUGUCGAGACUCGUCUCGUUGUUCCAGCGAGCAUGGACAGCAUGGCUUCCCAAAUGACGCCUCUGUCAAGUUCACCGACGUCGCCAAGAUCACAGGCGCCUCUACCGAAUCCCCCAUUCGUGUUUCCGGCGCGGCCAUCGUCUUCUUCGGCGCCCUCUUCAUUUUCCCGGGCCACGGGCAGGCGACCAAUGUCGGCAAUUGAGCCCCGACAGCCGAAUUCUACAUUAUCUGACAUGGAAGAUUCGAGAUCAAAAUCGCCGGCUCUUCCUAUUUUCUCUUUCAACCCUGGAGCAAACUUUGCCCCCGCACCCGCGGCCGAAAGUUUGUUCCUUAGCCCGCCUCAAUCCCCCUCGGCCCCAACUUCUCCUCGAGCUAUGCCGGCUCGGCCUACGGCCCACGGUCACCGAAGAGGAGGAAGUGAAUUUGUUGGAGGGAGCAUUCGUGAUGGGGAGGCAAUAACCGUGUUGAGCACAAGUCCCACCAAGUCUGAGAGCGGCAUGGCUUCGCCUCUACUUGAACCGACCAAACCCCCUGCCCGCAGGAGGGGACACGCUCAUCGCAGGUCUGCGGCUAUUUCCAGCCACGACCUUUCGUCAAUCAUUCUUCCUCUCCCACAGCAAAAUUUGAGGGGAAACAGUGCACCCUCCAGCCCAGCCGUUACCGACAGGCCGACCGGCCCUGACUUUCCUGGACUCAAGCAGAGUCCUUCCGAGUCGGAGCCAGCUUUUCAUAUAGUUAUGGACGCAAGCGGCAGUGAUGAUACACCGGUUCCCGCUGUUCAGCCGGAGCAACAGCCGAAACCUGCUGCCCGUAACAGAGUCGGCUUUUCAGAUACACUUGAAUUCAUUCCGAGACCGUUAUCUUUGGUUUCGAGUGAUGCCUCGAGCACAGCCACCGCUCGGCCUGGGCACUCUGGUUCCGGCAGCAUCUCGUCUGUCAUAUCUGUGACGAAUGUCGAUCGCGAUUUGACUCCGACCAUGGGAUUCAGCUCGACGCGCAGGAUGAACGAGACCAGACCCAGCACAGCGGGUGCUAUUCUUGAGCGUACAGAAAAUUCCCAGGCCCAAGAUCAAGAACAGGAGCAGGCAGCCAGAUCUCCGAGAAGAAGAGGUUCAAUUCCGUUCUUAGGCUCGCUGCCACCUCCGUCUCCAGUGAGUCCAACUACGCCGAGCCCGACAAAAUCUGGCAAGAAGUGGACGUUCUUCGGUCUCGACCCUUUUGUGGCAGGGUCACCAUCUCGAUCGCCACCUAUUAGCCCUUGCCCAUCGGAUUCCCACCCAAAGCAAGCAAACUCGACUUGUUCGUCUGCUGAAAAGAUCCCGGAUGCUUUUCUUAAGGAUGCUGAAGACGAAGCAGCCGAGCAGAAGCCUGCUGGGAAAAAGCGGAGCAAGAAACAGAAGAAGGUGAAGACUUGGGCAGGGUCCAUUUUAUCCCGAAAGUCAAAGCAACGGUACGGCAAACAAAAGCGGAGAACUCCGACACCCCCGCCACUUCGGGAUGUAGAUGGGGAAGGUUGCGCCGAUGAAGCCAUGGAAAUGUUUCCGGAGCCGGUCAUGCCAAUAGUAACGAUCACUGGGCUAUCCGAACAGGAAGACAGUGUGUCAGGGGGCUCACCUCGACGCGACUCGUUUUCUGAUGAAGAUGAAGAUGAAGAGACUUCGUAUCCGAUGAUCGAUCUGGAUGCAGCACUGGGCCCCUUCAAUACACCACUGCCAAGGAAUCCAGAGUGGGAAGCCGCACAAAAGGCGGGAGGUCUGAUCAAGAAGCAGCUGCACAGUGCCGCCGGGAUGAGUCGGUUCAGUGGUCCCGGCAUGCAUUAUCACCACCGGCGGGCUGAGAGCGCUCCAGAGAUGGUUCCUUUUGACAGCGGGAGAUUCGGAUUUCCCCGCUUCGGCAGCAGCUCUACCAUGGCCGACGUCUUUGAAGAGGAUGAAGAAGACGAAGGAGCCUCUUCCAAAGAGUCGAGUGGCCACUCAACACCCAUUGCCGAUACACUAGUUGUCGAAGAGCCCCAGAUCAUUGUAGCUGCUGAAGACGAUGCCGUUGAUUCGUCAGAUAUGGAGGCCCAUAGCCCUCUACCCCACGCUAAUCGCCUUCCGGACAAUGAUGGCUACAACUCCAACUCGGCAACGCCUUCUCCUCGGCAUGCCCUCCGGCCCAAAGUUUUAACUCCAAUGGAGGUCAGCCCUCUCAACUUGCCUGUAUCAUCGUUGGCGCCUAUCAGCCCAUAUUCCAUGACGCAGUCGUCGGCUUUCCCGUCGCCCAGGUCGCCAAUAUCGUAUGAUGCCCAUCGUAUCUCGACGGCCCCCUCGUCGAUUACAGAGGACAAUUUCCACUCGCUUCUGAUGGGAGAACCCGGCCCCGAGGUGCGGAUAUCUGUAGACGAUAUUCCGUCACUGACUAGCAGCAAUUCGACAAUGACGCGGGAGAGCAUUUUCGGCCACAACCCGCAAGCCAGGCACCCUCCGUUGAGUGAUCAGCCGAGACCCGCAUCAUUCACGUCGACUGCUUUUGGCCGACGGCGGUCGAGUCUCGCGAGUUUGAGUCGCCUCAUCAGCAGCUCGCAUGGAGAACGGAGCAAACUGUCUAUAGAAGUAACGAUGGACAGCGACACGGAGAAGAAGGCCAAAGUCAGCAAGACCAAACGUCUGAGCCGGAUGGUGCAAUUCUGGAAAUCAAAGGAGACUACAACCUGA